GAUGAAAUGUAAUGUUAUCAGUUGUUAGAGGGGGUUAAUUUAGAAGCACGUGUCUUGGGGAAUGUCGAAAUUUUGUUGAAGAUAAGUGUCUUUAAUUUUUUUUCAUAGUGAUCAUCAGAACUUGCCUAUUGAUUGAUUUUUGUGGUGGAAAAGUGGUUCAUCUAACGUUUAUCAUUCAGUCAUGGCUCUUGGCGCAUCAGUAACUGCGACAGAAAAUGAAUCAAAAUCAAAUAAUUUGGGAUCGGACAGUGAAAGGGUGAAUGAAACCAAUAAAGAACCAAGCAUUACAGCAGAUCACAAUAAUGUGAAAGAGAAGGCCCCUCUACAAAAUGGAAAUACUGAGACACAUGAAAAACCUGCUAAAGAUGAAGAGGAAAAAGAAAAGGAUGAUUGCGAAGAAGGUAAAGGCAAAGAUGAAGUAGUUUUCAUACAAGAUGUUGGAUUUUCUGUUAAAAUUAUGAGCCCUGGUGCUGAAGCAUUUGAUAUUCAAGUAUCAAGUAUGGAGUUAGUGCAGGAAAUCCACCAAUUGCUAAUGGAUCGUGAAGACACUUGUCAUAGAACUUGUUUUUCCCUCCAGCUUGACGGAAACAGUUUGGACAAUUUUGCGGAACUCAAGAAUAUAGAAGGAUUGAAAGAAGGUUCGGUGAUCAAAGUAGUGGAAGAACCCUACACGAUGCGCGAAGCGCGUAUACAUGUUAGGCAUAUAAGAGACUUACUUAAAUCAUUGGACCCAGCUGAUGCCUACAAUGGAGUUGAGUGUAAUUCUUUGAGUUUUUUGAAUGCUGUUACUCAGGGUGACAUUUUAGAAAAGAAGAAGAUGAGACCUGAGAGUGUGGACUGUACGCCACCGGAUUAUGUUAUGCCAGACAGCAAAGAAAGGCCGCUGACAGCUUUACAGCCACAAUUCAAAGAUCAAAAGACACCUCAGUGUGUGAAAGUUUUAACCACGUCUGCAUGGAACCCACCUCCUGGUCACCGCAAAAUUCAUGGGGACCUGAUGUAUUUAUAUGUCGUAACAUUAGAGGACAAGCACUAUCACAUAUCGGCAUGUUCUCGCGGUUUUUAUAUCAAUCAGUCGGGGGCUGAAGAUUUCAACCCGAAGCCAGCAUCACCUAGUCACUUAUGCCAUUCAUUGAUAGAACUCUUAAACCAAAUUUCACCUCAGUUCAAACGUAACUUUGCUAUGUUACAAAAGAAAAGAAGUCAACGUCAUCCAUUUGAAAGAGUUGCAACUCCAUACCAGUUAUACGCGUGGACGGCUCCUACUAUGGAGCAUACUCUAGACGCCAUUCGAGCUGAAGACACAUUCUCAUCGAAACUAGGGUAUGAAGAACAUAUUCCAGGACAAACGAGGGAUUGGAAUGAAGAACUGCAAACCACUAGAGAACUACCAAGGAAAACGUUACCUGAAAGACUUUUACGUGAACGUGCCAUUUUUAAAGUACAUAGUGAUUUUGUUGCUGCGGCUACCAGAGGCGCCAUGGCCGUAAUUGAUGGCAAUGUAAUGGCCAUAAAUCCUGGGGAAGAAGCGAAAAUGCAGAUGUUCAUUUGGAAUAAUAUUUUCUUCUCGUUAGGAUUUGAUGUUCGCGAUCAUUAUAAAGAGCUUGGAGGAGAUGCUGCUGCAUUUGUAGCACCGAGAAAUGAUUUACAAGGUGUAAGGGUAUACAGCGCAGUAGAUUUGCCAGGACUAUACACUCUUGGUACAGUUGUUAUAGAUUAUAGAGGAUAUAGAGUUACAGCUCAGCAGAAAGUGGAAGGAGAGGAAUUGAGCACGGAAGUAAGGUUCUUAGGAUUUCCAAUUGAUCACAAACACAAGCUCUGCUGCCUCAGGCAAGAACUGAUAGAUAGUUUUGUCGAUUCUCGUUACAUGAUGUUCAUCAAAUAUGCAGCUUAUCACUUGCAACAGUUGAAUUUACGAAAGACAGAGGAAAAAAGUAAGGCAAUCGACAAUAAAAUAGCCGUUGAGGAAAAUAAGGAGGAAGAAAAUGGCAAGAAGGUUGAAAAUGGUAAGGACAAAGAGACCGAGAAAGAAGAUGAAGCUGAAAAACGUCAGCUCGAAGAGGCUGAAGCUAAGAAAAUCGUUGAGAGUAUUACUGAUGGAAGCAAAUUGGAACUAGAAGAGAGUACGAAAAAUAUAGUCAAAACUGCUUCGAUGGCUGUCGGAUCUUUGAAAGAUACAGAAUUUGAUAUCAGAUUCAAUCCUGACAUUUAUUCGCCCGGUAUUAAACAUUGUGAAACUUCCGAUCCUCCAAUUUCAAAACAAAGACAGCUCGUUAAAGAUGCAGCGGAAUUUUUGUUGACAGUACAAAUUCCAACAUUUAUUCGGGACUGUUUAGAUCAUUCUUCGGCCCCAAUGGAUGGCCUCACUCUCUCAGAAGCCAUGCAUAGCAGAGGCAUCAAUAUUAGAUAUCUGGGAAAAGUAACAAACUUGUUGGCUAAAGUUAAACAAUUGGAAUACCUUUAUAGUAUUUCAGUUUCAGAGUUAUUGUUGCGUUCAGCCAAACAUAUUUUCACCAUUUAUUUGCAGGGUUGUGAAAUGAUGAAUUUAUCAGUGGCAAUUGCCCACUUUUUGAACUGCUUCUUAUUUUCUGGAACCAUUACAAAUCCUUUACAGGGGCAAGACGAGUUUCAGAGUAAAAAUAAUAAAAAAAGAAAUAAAAAACGAGGAAGGGUGAAUCCCCUUUCAGUCAAUGACAAUAACGAAUGGGCAAGUUUGACACCAAAGUCUUUAUGGAACCAACUGAAAACAGAAUUGAAAUCGUAUUUCGAUUACGAUUUACAAUCUAACGAUAUAGAAUCCACAAUUGACACAUACUUCUUGCAAAAAGUAUCACUCUUGCGGUCGUUCUGUUUGAAAACUGGAAUACAAAUACUGUUGAGAGACUAUAACUUCGAAUCCAGAAAUAAACCUAUCUUCUAUGAAGAAGACAUUCUCAAUAUAUUCCCGCUUGUCAAACACAUCAAUCCCAGAGCCACGGAUGCUUACAACUUCUACACCACGGGUCAGAGCAAGAUACAGCAAGGCUAUUUGAAAGAUGGUUAUGAGUUGAUUAGCGAAGCGUUAAAUUUACUCAAUAACGUUUAUGGAGCAAUGCAUCCUGAAAUCGCGCAAUGUUUGAGGAUGAUUGCCAGAUUGAAUUACAUAAUGGGCGAACACGGGGAAGCUAUGGCCUACCAACAGAAAGCGGUUUUGAUGUCUGAAAGGGUUCACGGAAUCGAUCAUCCCUAUACUAUUACCAAAUACGCCCACCUUGCACUAUACUGUUUCGCAAAUAGCCAAGUAAGCACUGCCCUGAAAUUGCUGUAUAGAGCAAGAUAUUUAGCCGUUAUUGUCUGUGGUGAAAAUCAUCCAGAAGUUGCCUUGCUUGACAGCAAUAUUAGUUUGAUUCUUCAUGCAGUGGGAGAAUACGACUUGUCAUUGCGCUUCCUCGAAAAAGCUUUAGCUCUUAAUAUCAAGUACUAUGGAGCCAAAUCUCUCAAAGUUGCUGUUAGCUAUCAUCUUGUAGCGAGGACGCAGAGUUGUAUGGGUAAUUUCAGGUCCGCCUUGAACCACGAAAAAGAAGCCUACGCCAUAUACAAGCAGCAGCUUGGGGAAAAUCACGAAAAAACCAAAGAAUCUUCAGAAUGUUUGAAGCAUCUGACACAGCAGGCAGUGGUUCUUCAGAAGAAGAUGAAUGAAAUAUAUACUGGUAAAAACGGUGCAUCACUGCCACCCAUUCAAAUUCAGCCACCUUCAAUGGGAUCUGUUUUGGACAUGCUAAAUGUUAUAAACGGAAUAUUAUUUGUUCAGAUAAGUCAAGAAGAUAUAGAGAAUUUCAAGGCUGAAAUUGAAAAACGUCAGAAUGAAGAAUCUGAAGAACAGGAGCAUAAAUCUCUUCCUGAAGUUACUAAUUUAUAGCUCAUUUCACAAGUAGAGGAUAAUCAUACAAUUUUUGAAUAGUAGAAAAUUUGUUAGACUUCAGUUUAUUUGUAAAAUAUCACAGCAACGUGCAUUUUUGAAACUAGUCAUAUUGACACCAAUAUUGUUUGAAUGCUGAUCAAACAUUUCAUUUUGGUUGUUGUUGGCCAGCAUUUACUGUGUCAACACAAAAACAAAUACUGUAUGAAUAGUAUUGAAAAAAAAAUAUUGAGUUUUUUUUUAUUAUAGAGACAAUUGAUUACAUAUUCAGUUCCUAAAAUUGGAGUUUUCAGUAUUUGUGAAACUGUGCUACUACUUUAAAAAAGAGUUGUCAAAUAUUCAGGAGAAUCAUGUUCACAUGGUUGGGAACCAUCCAACUGAGAUGAAAUGAUUCACUUUUCCUUUGCAAUAUACCACCCAAUGAUAUACCAAAUUGUGCAUGUUGCUGUAGGAAAAUAUAUUUUAUAUUGUUUUUUUUAAUAUAUUUCAAGUUUUUUAUUAUAA